CUCCCAUCAGAUACUGGUGUGUACUGGUGUGAGUCCAGGUCUGGAUCCUCCAGCAGCAGCAGCAGCAGCAGCAGCAGCAGCAGCAGCAUCCAGCUCUCUGUCUCUGGUGGAUCAGUGAUCCUGCAGAGUCCUGUCCUCCCUGUGAUGGAGGGAGAUGACGUCACUCUGAGCUGCAGAGCAAGGAAUCCAACCCACAACCUCCCAGCUGCUUUCUAUAAAGAUGGCUCCUUCAUUGGUGAUGGAUCAUCAGGUCACAUGACCCUCCUCCAUGUUUCCAGCUCUGAUGAAGGCCUCUAUAAAUGUAACAUCACAGGUCAUGGAGAGUCUCCAUCCAGCAGGAUCUCUGUCAAAGACAGAAUCUCCUCCACUCCUCUAUCCAUCACCUCCAUCCCUCCAUCCUCUUCUCCUCCUCCUGGUUCAUCUUUUCCCACCAUCACAGUCGUUGUUUCCAUUUUUAUUUUUAUCUUCCUGGUUUUUCUCUCAUUGAUUCUUCUGGUUCUUCUGGUGAGACGAUGUUCCUGCAGGAAACCUGAAGCUGAAGAAGGAAAAGAUGGAGAAAAGGAAAUUAAAGAACUGAAAACCUUCAUUAACCAGCUGCAGCCAAUCAGAAGCAGCAGAGGUAAAACUAGCAGGCUAACAGUUAACAUGCUAACAGCUCUGCGUUUGAUCCAGGAAGCUCUUUAUAAACGAAUCAGUGAUUCUGGAUCUCUGAGGAUGAAAACAGAUCUGAAGGAUGGACUGUUUGUGCUGCAGGAACCUCGAUGCGAUGAUGAGGACAACUGGUCCAUCAGUCAGAUCUCCUCCCAGAGCCAGAUACUGGUGUGUCAAUCUGGGUUUCUGAGUCCAAAUCUUCUGGAUCCUCCAGAGAACAGCAGCAGCAGCUGCAGCAGCAGCAGCAGCAUCCAGCUCUUCAUCAUCUGGUAA